UUAAAUAUUUGAUUUCAGGGGAGUGUAAAUAGGAUAUUAGGGAUUGUAUCUAGCAAAUUAUGGUGAUGUAUGUCUUGUUUUGUUGAAACUUCACACAGGAACAUGUUAAUUGUUAACAACAAGAUUCUAUCCAUGUAUGCAUAAAUUUUCAUGUUUCAAUCGUCAUAACAAGUUACAGGUAUAUAUUUGUGGAGAUACCUGCAAGGCCAACUUUGGGGGUUUCCAGUGUUACAAAAGUAGAAAAACCUUAUGGAUCGACUCAUUGGUUCUGCCAAUUUAAUGAUAGUUUCAGAUCUUGAUUACACAAUGGUAGACCAUGAUGAUCCAGAAAACCUUGCUCUUCUCAGGUUCAAUGCACUAUGGGAAGCUUAUUAUCGUCAUAAUUCUCUGCUAGUUUUCUCUACUGGGAGAUCACCUACUAUAUAUAAAGAGUUAAGAAAGCAGAAACCUUUGUUGACUCCCGAUAUAACGAUAAUGUCUGUGGGAACUGAAAUUACAUAUGGCGAAUCAAUGGUACCAGAUGACGGGUGGAAACAGUAUCUGGAUCAUAAAUGGGACAGGGACAUAGUUAUCGAGGAAACAGCCAAGUUUCCUGAGCUAGUUAGUCAAUCAGAGACAGAGCAACGGCCUCACAAGGUUAGCUUCAAUUUGGAGAAAGGGAAGGCAUCAAAAGUCAUGCAAGCUCUCUCAAAAUGUUUGGAAAAUCGUGGGUUAGAUGUGAAAAUAAUUUAUAGCAAUAGUAUUGCUUUGGAUGUAUUACCGCAAGCAGCUGGAAAAGGACAGGCACUUUCUUUUCUUCUUGGAAAAUUAAAAGCUGGUGGAAUUCGACCACUCAACACUCUUGUUUGUGGUGAUUCUGGAAAUGAUGCCGAACUGUUCAGUGUACCUGAAGUGUAUGGUGUCAUGGUCGGUAAUGCGCAAGAAGAAUUAGUUGAAUGGUAUGCUGAAAAUGCAAGGGACAAUGCACAAAUAAUUCAUGCAACGGAGAGAUGCGCAGCUGGUAUUAUGCAAGCCAUUGGUAACUUCACUCUUGGUCCAAAUAUGUCUCCAAGAGAUGUUAGAGACUCAACGUUAAACAUUAAAAUUCUUAGUCCUAGCCAUGAAGUCGUGAUGUUCUACCUAUUAUACGAGAGAUGGUUGCGUGGAGAAGUCGAUAAUUCUGAGCAGUAUAUACAAAAUAUAAAAUCAGUAUUUCAUUCUACUGGGAAUGUUGUCCAUCCCUCGGGAGUUGAACGACCUAUGCAACAAAUUAUCGAUACUUUACCAAAGCUGUUUGGUGAGAAGCGGGGUCUAGACUUUCGAGUUUGGAUUGAUCGUGUAUCUUUUGCAGAGGUUAGUUUGGGCUCAUGGCUGGUCAAGUUUGACAAGUGGGAGUUAUCUGGUACCGAGUUAAGGUGUUGUUUAACAAAGGUUUUGAUGAAUUCAAAGGUUGAAGCACCAAAUGAGUUUACCUGGAUGCACUUACAUCAGACUUGGUUGGAUGGUUCAGAAGGAAAGGAUGAUAAUUCUUGGUUUAUCUAAGACUAUUAACCUUUUCAAUGUAUUUAGCUGAACAUGAGACAUUUAAAUCUGCACUCACACCUUAGAGGUGACCAAGAUGCGAGGUGUAUUUUGUUUGUGUAAUAAUAGUUCUGUCAAGGCAACCUGAAAUGUUGAUGAAAGAACCUAAAUUCUACAAUGUAAAACAGUUGGAUGAAAUUUUUCAAAAGAAGGCAAUGUAUGGUGUGAGGGUAGCUUGAUAGGAUAUUUAGAAUAAGGAGCAUUAAUGUGGUGGCUUAGCUAGUUAUAAAAGUUAUUAUGACUCACCUUAAUCUAGAAGGAUCUAAAAGGUAUAUUAUUAGGGGAUAAUAUUGAGUAUGUUAGGGUGCAGUUAUCGUAUUAUAAGUAUGCACAAGUCUAUAUAAGCAUUGUAUGCUUUAUUAUGAGAAUCAAUGAAAAAUAUACUGAAUUUCCUUUCUUUUA